GUGUCUUUCUGUGUGAGCGGUAUUGUCGGCCAAGGUGGACCACAUGAACUCGUUUGCUAACAGACCGCGGCUCCGACGAAAAGUAAAGCACAUACUUAUUGCCACUAUGCUUUGCUGCGGAAAACGAAAGGAUUCGAGAGGAGACACAGUGGAAACGGUCACGGAAGAAGGGGGUAUGCGACGUGUGCUUCGGCACCGUCCACCACCCCCGCAUCAUGGCAUCGUGGUACAGAGGGACUUCCGGAAAGUGAGCGGCAUCAGCUCUGAUAUCUUCCGCCAGAUCGAGGCCGUAGAAAACGACUACGACGCAGCGACGGCAGCCCACGUGGACGCAGUGGAAAGGAGAGGGGGCGAGAUGCUGAUUCGCAUGUUCGACCCUUGCAGUUUGGGUCGCGUGGGCGCUGAAUCUUACAGAAAGUACCUAAGUGCUGCAGACGCCACUCACGUCGUUCGUUUCGUCGAGAUCAUCAAAAGGCCUGGACAGACCCUUGGACUUUAUAUACGAGAAGGUGAUGGCUUAAGGGAGACUGAAGGAGUGUUCAUUUCCCGAAUAGCCCUGGAAUCGGCAGUGUACAACAGCGGUCUACUAAGGGUAGGCGACGAAAUCCUGGCCGUUAACCUGGUAGACGUUCGUCACAUGAGCCUGGACGAUGUAGUAAUCAUCAUGUCCAUCCCUCGACGCCUUGUCCUUACCAUCCGCUCGAGAAUCUAUAGUGGAGGGACGCGCAUUAGGGAGCUGACUAGAAAGCCGCAGGAAGGGAGGCCGCCUGUUGUUGUUAUAAAAAAGGAAACCUCAGAAGAACUGACGAUGGAGGAGAACAGCGAAAACGGCGUCCUUAUACGAGCCCGCACCAAGGGUCUACCGCCUGAAGUCCCGGCCAUCGCUGUCAAGCUAAGUGAGCGAGAUCAUCAACGAGAACGUCAUCGAUACGUACAGCCGAAGCAGCCUCCGCCUGAGGAUCUCUAUUACAACUCCCAGCCUCCAACUAGCCUGCACCACCCGCCCAAGAUUACCCAUCACCACCGCCCUUACCAUCAGCCUCCACCUUCGCACCAACAGUACACUGCCAGUAGGAGAAGAGAGGAGCCGCCCUCGACCGCUCCCCGAUGGGUGGUACCACCUGUCGUUACAGAGCAGCCUACCAAGAUGGCCGGGCCGUCCUACCAACCACAGGAGAGCAUGGAACGGCUUGCGGAGAGGGUGCCCUCGUUCUACCCCGAAGAACAGCUACCACGUGACCGAUAUGAACCACACCAUCGUAGGACUCGAAGUAUGGUUCCACCAAGCAGAGGCGGUGUGGGCUAUGAUAUAGAGGCAACCACCCCUUUGCGACGAUCUACAGGUAUGUUGAGGACAGAGAGUGAUUAUCGCAUGCCGCCAAGAAGAAGCUUCCAUGUUUCACCCACUAUGCAACACAGAGGUCGCGUCCGCCGGUACGAAGAGCCUCCCCGAAGUGGGGGUAUUCUGCGUCGGAGGGGCGCCGGAAGGGAAGGCGGCGGCUUCGAGAGUGCGUCUGACACAGAAGCACAAGACUUUUGGACGAUGGGUGGUUCCCGACGCAGCUAUAGUCACUAUGGUGGCCGCAGCAAUUCACUGCCACGAUCUCUAAGGAGCGGCUUCGACCGUCGCCAGGCGGUCCGCUUCACCACCUCCCUGCCUUACGAUUCCCAGGAGGAGAGCGACGGGGCCGUCUCCGCGCCAGAGCUUCCAGCCACAAGAUCGCUGAGGAGGCCACCUCCUCACGGUAGUCGCCGAUCACCGAGUGUGUUCACAUCGAACGAGUACCAAGCAUGGAUGAGCCGCGCUCCAUCCACCUCAGCAAUAUACGAAAGGCUAAGACGGGGUCACCAGGCUACAUCUACAUUGGGAAGGAUCGCACAUAGUGCGGAGUCCCUGUUGGACACCAUGCGACAAGAUGAGUAUCGAGGAAUCUACACAUUUCCCCGGCGUCUCCACACUCCGAGUGAAGAUUCACUGCCAGCGGGAGGGACGUACGUACCCAGGUUGUCCGUCCCCCACCCCACGCCCAUUAAACCCUCGGAGGAUCGCCUGCACCUAGUCAGCUUGGACCCCAGGGACUUCAACAAGUAUCGGCCUAGGCCGACGGUCACUCCUAUCAGCGUGGGCCCUCGAGAACCGAUGGAGGCUCCCAAAGGCUACAGCGGUCUGCUUUGGAUCCAUCUACUGUCAGGACGGGGCCUCAAGCCAACUACCCACGGGGACCACUUCCGUGACCUGUAUUGCGUCAUCGAGUGCGACAGGGUUCACAAAGCGCGAACAGUUAUCCGAACGGGCGAGCACAGCUUCGACUGGGACGAGGUCUUCGAAAUCGACCUCGUCGAAAAUAGA